UGGCUUGUAUCCUGUUUACUAGCAGCGCCACCUCUCUUCGGAUGGAGUGAGUAUGGAUAUCUGGGAAACCAAUCAUUUUGUUUCUGCAAAUGGAAGACAUCAACAUCAUACACGUUCUUCAUGAUUGGAAUGUGUUUUUGCGUUCCUUGUAUUGUCAUGUCGUUCUGUUACGUACGGAUCAUCACCUCUGUUCGAAACAGCAAUCGCCGAUUAAUGAGCCUAGAUCAAAGACUUAGUGCCUCGUAUGUCGAUAUGGAAAGCGAAAACCAAAAAGUGGAAUCGCCUACACCGAUUUUGCGUGAUACAGCCUCUGAACCGGAAAGACUUAGAAACGGCACUCUUGUACAUGUCGACCCCCUUUGUGUGAAAAAGUUAACUGAUUAUGCUACGACUCUGAGACAAAACUUAGCUCUUCAGCAAAAGCAAAACAACGCAAACAGCGAUUGUGGGUCCCCUGAAUUCAGCGAAAGUGAUAAAUGCCCCAGAUGCCAAGAUCCUAGCCUCCACCCAGUGAAGGAAGAUUACACUGUCUACAGUGAUUCCGAUGACAAUGUAAAUAUUACCACGCAGUUUACCAAUGGUAUUCCCCUCACCAAGCGAAAUAUGUCUUGCGAAACAAUUUUGAACGUUAGUUCCCCCGAAACUCAGUCGCCAAACAGCCAAUCACCGACCGUUCAGUCACCAACACCCAAGUCACGCACCCUUCCAGCAUCAAUCAACCACAUAGCUGAAACUCAAUUCCCAGCAUCUCACUCAUCAUUUAAUCAUUCAUCAUCAGAUAUACAUUCACCAGUUAUUCGGUCGUCCGCAUCAAGCUCCCCGGUCGCUCGAUCGCCUGAAACCAGCCGGCAUCGUACAGCAAGUGACGGUAUCUGUGAGAAUGGAAGCGUGGUCAACGUGAAGAGCGAUGAUGAAGUGAACGAGGAAAAACCUCGUCUCACUGAAUCAGAUACGGCAAGCCAGGAGAGUGAAACGAUUCAGUCGGAUGGCGACGUCGAAGAGCCUGUUACGUUUUCAUUCGCUGACAACGAUGAGGAAAACUGUGAGAACGAGGACGGUGAUAGUGAAGAAUGUAAUGAAAACCCAGGUGAUAGCAGUCCAGAUUCCUCAAGUGAGUUGAUUAACGACCGGAGUAGUGUAACUGGUUGUACAGAGAAAACAACUAACCCGAAGAAAAUGGAUGAGACGAAACGCAAUUGUGACGGUGGAGAGCAGUCGGAAACUGAUAAACGUGAGAACUGCAAGGAGACGAUUGAUGACGGUUCAAUGAACAGAAAUGACAUGUCGUUCAGCCCACAUGAUGGACCUGGUAGUUUAGAUAAGAAAUGUACGUGCUGGUCAAAAGUGAAUGACAGUGAAACGAGUAAAUCUUGUUCGGUCUUGAACAAUUCAUUCGAUAACAAAUUAGAUUCGCCACCAGUCGACACAAAAAGACAUGAAACGGUUACUGAGAGGCCAACAACAACAACCAAAAAGAGACAAUUAAACGGAAGUAGAUACAAUCUGAGGAAAAUAUUUUCUCUGCCUUCCAUGAAGGUUCCAUUAGAAAAUAAUUCUCCUCGAAAACCGCCGUCUUUGGUCCCCAUGAAACACAUUAGAAACUCGGCAGAAGGUCGCAAGAUGCGGGUGAAAAUGUCGAACGUUACGAAAUCUCGAAAAUUUGUCAAAAGCCAGAAUAACAUUAAAAAGGCACUUUCAUUGCCUCGUAUGAGAAUGUCCGCGGAAUCUUCGCGAAAGUCUUCUUCCAAUGUGAUUCCACUUCGUCAUUUGCGACGGAGACGCGAAGAGAUCCGUAUAACGUUUUCAUUGUUAGUGGUCAUUAUUGUAUUUUUCGUAUCUUGGUUACCAUUUUGCAUUACGAUGUUGUGUAGUUUAUACUUGAAAUACGAAGUACCCAGAGAAGCCGAUAUAGCAUCGCUGUUUUGUGGCUACGCCAACAGUUGCUUUAAUCCAUUGAUAUACGGCUUAAUGAAUAAGAGAUUUAGUGACGCUUACAAAGACUUGUUCAAAUUUUUGUUUUAUCGUAAAUGUACUAAAAAAUAAAAAAACACAAACAAUAAAGGACAAUGAGAAUUAAGCAAACAAACAAACUAACAAAAAAAAAUACGAAGAAAUGGUAACCCAAAGAAUAUGAAAGAAAUCAAGUUUUCUUCCCGGAUUUCUUACAUAAAAUAGUUUCCAUUUUUGUUGUCUCUCAUAAAUGACUUUCAUUCAAUAAAAAGCGAAGACCCAACUGACAGCAGACAGACAGCCUGUGUAGCUGGCAGUACUCACCAUUUUAAGGCAUGUCUUAUAAUGUUCUAUAAAGAGAUGUCUUCUGCAAACAUCAGUUUCUCGACGACGUAUUAUUAUUAUUUAAAAUAAUAAUUAUUAGUACUAAAAGCAUUUUUUUGGUGAUAUCCAAAAUUUAGUACUACACCGAUCAAAAUAAAAUCCACUUAAAGUUUGGCUUGACACUUUUGUUUUUGGCAUCUAAAGUAUCAGAACCAGAAAUGGUGAAGAGCCAUUAUUUCAGUCAAAUCUAGUCUCUCUUCUAAUUAAAAAAAAAAAAUCAAAUCGAACAAAAAAAACAAAAAAAAAACAAGAAAA